GUCAGUGGGUGGCAAUAGGUAUUGAUGGUGGUGCAAUACCUUCCGCUGAUUCAGUGUUUACAAAAAAACACAUCAGCAAUUUCAUCGUUUAAGGAGUGCCCGUAGAGCAUUCACCGGCCUGAACCUUCCAGAAUUAUCAAGGCUUAGAUGAUGACACUUAUUGCAAUAUGUUGAGUAGACUAGUUUAAAACCUAGUAACAUUCGUGUUACAAACUUCACUUGUCACAUGCUUGCGAUACUUACUGGUACCGUACAUGUACAUGUAUUGAUGAGUCAUUAGGAGCUUCAAACUUCCACGUUCCACCAUGAAGACUGAACUGCGACAGCAUUUAGAUAACCCCCUGCUCACGUCAAGUCUGGCACGGACAGGAACAGGAGGCCCCACCAGAAGUGUGGGCACCACCCCUUCGCCGCAGCUCAGCAACCCCCGCCUGCAGUCCAGCAGUAAGAGCAGUGGUGCACUGCUCACAACAAGUGGCGACAAAAAUGCCCUGGCUUCCCACGCUGCUGCCAAGCCGCUCUCCAUCCACAUGAAGCAGGAAAGCUUGAGCCUGCAGCACAGCCGUCUUCGGCUCGGCUCCAAGCUGACUCCACUGUCCGCCUCUUCCUCCCUCCUCAGCAGCACGUCCUUGAAGACAGGUGGGCUGCUGAGCAAGCCCCCUACAUCUGCAGUCUCCAGCAAGUCAGCUCUCCUACCGAAAAGUCCACACGUCUCGACCACCAGCACACUGAUCAGCGGCACACCUACCAAAGCCAAGGCUAAGCCUGCCACACAUCGCCGGGUGCAACUGGAGUCCUCACACCUGGGCUAUGGGCCAUCCUCGCAUCCCCGUGCAGCGCAGUCCAAGGAAACCGCUGAGAACACCGCACAGAUACAUGUAGCUGAGCUGGCGACAGACUUUGAGAUUCCCAAUUACAACUUUCAUGGCAAUUUUACAGAUGCAGAGGACCAGUUCUGGGACCUGGAUGAUGAGACGUGCUUUGAGGCUGUAGAUCCUGAGAUGCUGUCCUUGAUGAUCUCCUCGGAAGAUGCCAAGUCCAAAAAGACUUCCUUGAUAAAUCUAGUCAGCGCUUCACUGGUCAACAGUCCUAGCUUCAAGCUGCCCAAGGAUGAGACGAGACUUGCACUCACAAAGAAUGCAGACACUGUCAUUCAAAUAGAUCCAGAGUUUGUGCUGAAGGUCGCUUUGUACACCAGGCAGGAUUUGAAUAUCCGGGCCACGGCUAACUUCUUGUUGGCAUUAGCUGCCAACCGUCGGGAAUGCCGUCCCUACCUGAAAAAGUACUACAAGCGGUCUGUAGGUCUGCCGUCAGACUGGGCCCAAAUAGCCGACCUGUACCUUUCAUUCCAAGACAAGGAACUGAGUUACAGAUCUCUGCCGUCUGCCCUGAGAAAGGUCAUGGUGGCAAAGUUUCCAGACUUUGACGAGUAUCAGCUUGGCAAAUACAACAAGACGAAGAAGAAUCCCAAGAAACGAAAAUUUGACCGCAAGAAGAAGAUGGAGGACAGCAAGACCAAGGAAGUUGAUGACUCAGGUGAAUCGGAAGACGAUGAGGAUCACCAUGACGAAGAAGGGUUAUCUAGCGCGUUACCGUUUGUCAAUGAAGGGCAAGAUGCAAUGGAACCUUUGGUGGAGGGAGACGACAACUACCAAGACGAGUACGGGCGCUGUGACUUUUACACUCUGAAGCAGCUGAUCAGGAAGCUCCAUAUCACCGAGCCUGUGGAGAGUGUCAUGUGCCUCGUAGGCAAGAAGUACCCAGAGAGUCUGGAAGCUUUCUACAAGACACGCCUACCGGGUACUUGGGACCCAGACCGAGCUGGCAAGCGCAUGAAACUGCCUACUCCAGAGACCUGGGAGACCCAGGUAUCGCUGAAGGGAAACAAGGCCUCUAUCUGGGAGCAGCUCAUAGACCACAAGAAACUGCCUUUCAUGGCGAUGCUGAGGAACCUCCGUAACAUGAUUCAGGCCGGGGUCGGGCCCAAGUACCAUGCCUGGAUCAUCCGCAAGCUCACCGACGAAAAGUCAGUCAUCAACAGCAGGCAGUUUCCGGUCCGAUUCUUCUCAGCUUACGACGUGCUGGACUCCAUGGAGACAGCCUUGGAAAACAAAGACAAAGAAUCUUCCAACGAAAGCGAGAGUUUCCGUGGCAGAGGGCGAGGGCGUGGGCGAGGGCGCCGUGGUAGAGGAGGUGGUCCAAAGGGCGGACGUUGGAAAAAGAAACCAAUGGAUAUCAAAUACAACAAAGAACUUCUAGUCCGCUACCGCAAGGCCUUAGACACUGCUGUGAAGAUAGCCACGCGCCACAACAUCAAGCCAAUCUAUGGCAAAACCUACCUGUUCUGUGACAUUGGGACCCAGAUGGAUUCCUAUGCCUACGGAUCACACGGAUUGAGAAAGGUCAGAGAGUGUGCCAUCUUGCUGGGACUGAUGUGUAAACACUCUUGUGAAGAGUGUAUGCUGGUGGGCUACAUGAUCGACGAACAAAAAGUCAUUGAACUCGAAAAGGGAACUCUUCUGGACAACAUCAAGAGCAUCGUGGAAUAUGCUCAGGCAAACGACGUUGGGACAAGUUUCUGGUCAGCCCCACCCAGCAAGUUAAACAUGGCCAUGCUGAACGACGCCCUGCGUGAUCGCAUCCACAUUGACAACCUGAUCGUCAUCGGCAAGGACUUUGGAGAGGAGGGGUCAGGCGGGGACGAGCUGAUGGAGUUCGUGGCCAAGUACCGACAGGUGGUCAACCCCAACCUGCUGUUUGUGCAGAUAGACCUGGACUUCUCAUACCGGGCUGAUGAUCAAGACAAGAAGCCCAGCCACCCGAACGACAUCCGUGUGACCGGUUACAGCGACAACAUCUUGCGCUUUAUUGCUGAGCGAGGGGACAGCGGCCAGCUCAAUCACGUGGAGAACAUUGACAAAGCGUACGGCCUUAGAGAACUCCAGGUAGCAGCAAUAGGUCGUGCUGAUCCCAACCAAACGUCUACCGCCACCAGCCCAGAGACCCCUCUGCCCAUCGCUGCCCCAGUACACAGAUGGAGGACUGCUCGCGUGUUCAUCUCCUCCACCUUCCGUGACAUGCACGGUGAGCGCGACCUCCUAACUCGCUUUGUCUUCCCGGAGCUGCGGGCCCGAGCCAAGAAGCGCUUCCUUAAUGUGUUUGAGGUGGAUCUGAGAUGGGGUGUGACGGAGGAGGAAACUAGGCAGAACAGAUCUGUUGAGAUCUGCCUGACUGAGGUCUCUCGCUGUGACUACUUCGUCGGCAUCUUGGGACAGCGUUACGGCUUCUGCCCAGACACCUACGCUACUCCAGCCACACCGGAAUUUGAUUGGCUGCAGGACUACCCUGCUGGCCGGUCCAUUACAGAGCUUGAGAUGCAGCAUGCGGCGCUGUGCGACCCACAGGAGGCUGUCGGCAGGGCAUUCUUCUACUUCAGGAACAGUGAUUUCAUGGCUGAGGUGCCCCCUUCUUGCCAGUCUGCAUUCCAAGCGGAGACAGGCGCAGCAGCAGAGAAGAUUGAGAACCUGAAACAGCGAAUUCGACACAGUGGACUGGAAGUCUUUGACGGAUAUCCGUGCCGGUUCGGUGGUAUAGUCGACUACAAGCCAGUCACCACCAACCUAGAGGAGUUGGGUAUGCGCGUCGUCAACAACCUGUGGAACUCGUUUCUUCAGCAUUAUCCCGAAGAGGAAGCCUUCCUAGACGAGCUGUCACACGAGGGCGCUCUCCACCAGGCCUUCCUGGAGGCCCACGUGGCCGGGUUCAGCGGCCGCAAGGUCCAGCUGCGGCAGGGCCUGGACCUGAUGGACGCCUGCCACAAGGGCCUCAUGGUCAUCGCCGGGAAGAGUGGAUGCGGAAAGACUGCCCUCAUGUCGUGUCUUGCCCAGCGCUACAGGAACAAGAUACCAGAGUCUGACAGCCACCACGUCUUGGUCCACUUUGUGGGGGCAGCGGUGGGAUCCAGCAAUGGCCUGGCCAUGCUGCGACGCCUGUGCCUGGAGCUCAAGAAGCGAUUUGCCCUCGUUCUCACCAUACCUGAAGACUAUAACAAGCUCAUGAUGAAGUUUCCCGAGUUCCUGAAGGGUGCUGCAGUGCAUUGUGGGAGCUCUCCCCUGGUGAUAUUUCUGGACGGUCUGGACCAGAUGGAGGAAGCCUACCAGGCCAAGAACAUGGAAUGGCUGCCUAAAGAAAUACCAAAGGAUGUGAUGUUUGUGGUCAGUACCGUCGUGGACAGUCAAUCCCACAAGGCAUUGCUCCGCCGUAAUGCCUCAACCUUGACCCUUGGGCCCCUUGACCUGCUGGACAAGGCCACGGUGGUGAGGCGCAUGCUGGCAGUCCACCGCAAGACCCUGGAUGAGUCCCCAUUCAACAACCAGAUGAAGUUACUGGUUGCCAAGAGAGAGGCCAACUCACCCUUAUUCCUCAGCCUGGCUUGUGAGGAACUCCGCAUCUUUGGUGUCUUUGAGCAGGUGUCGGAGCGGUUGAAGCGGAUGUCUCACACCAUCAGUGCCUUGCUGCAGGAGGUGAUGCAGAGGCUGGAGGGGGAUCACGGCAAGGAUCUGCUGUCCACAGCCCUGGCACUAUUGGUCUGCGCAAGAGACGGUUUGCUGGAGGACGAGCUGCACAGCCUCCUGAGUCUCCACACCAUCUUGGGAGGCAGCAAGUACCGCCUGGAGGACAUCAAGAAUGUCUCUCUGACUGCUGAGCACAUGCUGCCCCAGGCUGUCUUUGCCAAGCUCCUGCGGAGCCUGCAGGGGUUCCUACGCCCACUUGGGGAGCAAAGUGUAAACCAUCUCAGUCUGGCCCACGACGAAAUCAAUAAGGCUGUCAGACAGCGCUACCUGAAGGGAUCUGGGACAGAGGCUGAGGCCCGACUACAUGCCCUCCUUGCAGGUUACUUCUUGCAGGAGGCAGACCCGCUGCGCGAUGGCAGCUGGGCCGGCCGCAAGCCUCGCGCCUUCAGCGAGGUCUCCCACCACCUGUCGCGGACCAGCGCCUAUGCCGAGCUGCAGGGGACGCUGUGCAGUCUGCCCUUCAUCUACGCCAAGUGCCGGAUGGGGCUGGCCUCCCAGCUGCUAGACGACUUCGUCGGGGACGCGGCUUCAUCCGGGGCAGCGGGAGCCAGCAGGGCAGCCCUGAGGGACCGUGAGAAAUUCCUGGCUAAGCAGCAAGUGCAGGAAUUCCGUUCCUUUGUGUCUCGCAACCUGCACGUCAUCUCCAACCUGCCCGCCCUCACUUGGCAACAAGCAGCCAAUGAGCCGUCAGAAUCGGCCGUCUGUCAGUCCAUGAAGAGCGCGCUCGACAGCGGGGGUGCAGCUUCCCGCCAGAGCCUUCUGGUCUGGAAGAACAAGAGAGAGGACCAGGAGGACUGUGCCAUGACCAUUGCAGGGUUCCCACAGGCUGUGACUUGUCUGGCCAUUUCAGCCGAUGGCAUGUACGUGGCCUGUGGUAAUGAAGACUGCACAGUUAAACUGUUUGAGCGUGAGACAGCAAAGACGGCCUCCGUUGACCAGACACUCAGUCUGUGGGAUGCCAACCAGGGACAUAGGAUUGCCGUCCUGAAGGGCCACCGACGUCGCGUUAGCUCCUGCUGCCACAGCGGCCGCUGCUCCAUGAUUGUCUCCGCCUCCUGGGAUUGCAGCCUGAGGCUGUGGGACGACAGCGACGGCAGGCUUCUAGACACCCUGAGUGACAACACCCCCAUCAACUGCGUGGCGUUCCACCCAGAGGGCAGGAUGGUGGUGACAGGAGGCUGGGACGCAGCCAUGAAGAUCUGGCACGUGGAGGAGAAAAAGAGACUAGGGAUCUUGCGAGGUCACAAGGCCUCGGUGCGUGCAGUAGCAUACUCUCCGAGUGGGGCGCACAUUGCCUCAGCAUCCCUGGAUGGAACGGUCAAAAUCUGGUCCUCAAAGACUGGCACCCAGGUUGGGGGCUUGGACGGACAUGUGAUGCCCAUCAACCGUCUAGCUUUCUCACCCAACGGACGGCAGCUCGUGACUGUCAGUGACGAUCAGAGAGUCAAGGUGUGGUCCGGCAACCUGGGCCGCAAAACAGCCACCUUCGGCCUGGACCGCUACGGCCAUGUCACGGCCGCGGUCAUCGGCCUGGACGGGAUGCAGGUGGCGGUGGGCUACCACGGCGGCAGUGUGCGGCUGUACGAGACAAACAGCGGGGCGGUGAUUUGGGAAGUGCAGCACCACCAGGCCAGGGUCAUGGGGCUGCGAUGGGUCAUGACCCCAGGAGGUCAGCGGGAGUUGCUGGCCGGAUGGGAUUCUGGAGAUGUCGCACUUCUGUCGGGAACCAAGGGUUCCGUCAACACCGUCCUGGCUUCCCAUCUGAAGCCGGUCACCAGCUUGGCCUACAGCAUGCCCAACCGGUUGGCAGCAGCCACCUACGAGGACAACACCAUCCACAUAUGGCGCUUGCCCUACGACCGCAAGCCCAACCAGAAAACCCUGGACUGCCUUGCUGUGAUCCAUGCAACUUGCAACGGCACCGUGACCUGCUGUGGGUUCAGUGUGGACGGCACCAGACUGGCCACGGGAAGCAAAGAUGCGAGCCUGCAGGUGUGGAGCAUGGAGAGUGACUACAUAAGCGGCAAGCGAGGCAAAGCAUUGCGACCACUGGCCGAGAUACACGCUUGCCAUAAGGACUGGGUGACGGCGCUGUGCUGGUCAGAUAGCAACGACUUCCUGGUGACUGCUUCUAAUGACUUCACCCUGAAACUCUGGGACAUGAAAGCCAUGAAUGAAAAAUGCCAGUUUAUCGGGCACACCAGCGCCAUCAACGCUGUUGCGUACAGUCAAGGCUGUGUUGUGUCCGCCUGCUUUGAUGGUACCAUCCGAGUCUGGUCACACAAGGGCAUUGAGAUCACCACCCUGUACGGCCACAACAGUCGCGUCAACUGCUGCGAUAUCUUUGUGUCGGCCAAGCAGCUUGAGGAUUUAUUUGAAGACCUGGGCACCAAAGAGUCUGGAGCGCCGAGCCAGCCUUGGUCAAGCAUGGUGGCCAAAGAGGAGUGGAAGGACAAGCACGAGAAGAGGAAACUGGACAAGGUGGAGAUGGUGCGGCUGGAGAAUGUUGUCGUGGCAACUGGCGGUGACGAUGCCAUGACACACCUGUGGAAACCUCUACAGGGCAACGAGAUGGCAUCAUUGAGUGGUCACUCGGACAGUGUGGUGGCUGUAGCCGUGUCCGGCAAAGGUGAUAUCAUCACAGGAUCACUGGACAAGACGGUGAAGAUCUGGACACCAAAGCUUGAGGCUCAGAUCCUGUCUGUCAGCCACAAUGGAGAAGUGACCAGCACAGCGUACUCAACAAAGGGCACCUUUGCAGUCUCCACCAGCAGGAGUGGUGAAGUAAUGGUGUGGGAAAUGCCAGACAAGAAUUCAUCCGCCGAUGCCCUUCCCAAGAUGGUGUUUUCAAGCAAGUUGGCGGAAAAGGCUAUAAAUUCUGUCACCUUCCUGGGUAAUACCAGGUUUGCUCUGGGUUCUGAUGAGGGUGUUGUGACAGUGUGGGAGAUCGAAGCCCCCACCCCACCCAAUACAGCAUAUAGAGUACCAUAUCGGAAGACUAUGUUUGCCGCUGACCAGGACAAGAGCCCAGUGACCUGCAUGACCUAUGACCCCUUAAGGGAUAGCCUCUACACAGGUCAUUGGUCAGGCAUGAUUUGCAUGUUCCGCUGUGACUCUGGAAAGACCCGCCGGGUUCAUCAAAGAGGGUCAGAGGAACCGUCCGACUGGGUUCUGGAUCUGAAGAUUCUCAAAGACAACACUCUAGUUGCCAGCUUUGCCAACGGGGAACUCCAGCACUUCAAGAAUUUGGAGCUGGAGAGGAGCUCCAAGUUAAGCAUCGUCGACCCCUCCACCAAGGAGCAGUCCGUGGGCUACCAGGAGCCCUGCUGGGUCCACGCCUGCACCGGGCUCCAGCUACGAAGCGGCAAGACCCUUGGUCUCGGGGAGAAGGUCAGCGGCAAGAACAGGGCCGUGCUGACUGGCGAUUCCAAGGGCUACUUGACGGUGUGCGACGUGAUGACGGAUGAAGUCAUUGCCAGGAAGAAGGUUCACACAAGUGCUGUUCAUGAUAUUGCUGUCUGUGAUGAUGUAAUCUGCACGGCUUCAGAAGACAGCGCCCUCAAGCUGUGGUCUAGAAAGAAUCUGAAACAGGUUGGUCAGUUUUACUGCCAGGCUCCUGUUACCACGGUUACCGCAUCUCCAGUCUCCGACAGCACAGAGAUGAUAUGCGGGGACAAACUGGGGAACGUUUACUUCCUGGAUUGGCGCAGUAGGUCCGCAGAGAAAAUCUGAGUCGGCAAGAUGGAGAAUCACACUCAAACUAUAGCAGCUCAUCGUGAAGAUGUUAAAUGCAUUAGAUAAAGCUUUUCUAUGUAACCUUUGAAAUUUAUAUCAAAUAAUUUCUUUCAAUAUGGUACUCAGUGUUUCUUAAGAGGUCAAUAGGCCAAGAGGGCCAGCGGUUAAAGUGUAACAAGUAAGCUCCGUUUAUUUUGUUUGGCACUGUGUGCAUUUGUCUAGAAUUUGAAGCAAUGUACAUGUACUUGUACAUGUGUUUUAGGUAUUACGGACAUCAUUUAGUAUUUGCAAUAUUCUGUAUUUUGAAACAGGUUGCUCGGUUUGCUGUAACGAAACAUUUGCACUUUCUUUUGGGGAACAUUGUUAAGAUACAAAGGUCAAAAAUAUCUUGUGAUUUUAGCAUGAAAAAGAAAGGCAUCAGAUUAGAGUUUUAAUGAAUGAUUUCAAGCUUGAUAAAUGACAACCAUGUUCUCAAACAGAUCCAAUUCUUUUUAUAGUCAAUCUGAGGUUUGACAUUUUUUUCUGUUGAUGUUACUGAUUUUGUAUAGUAUUGCAGUGCAUGAAUAGAUCGUAUAUUCUUUCGCUGUUGACAUGGUAUUGCCCAAGAAAAGUGAGGCUGCACUUGGAUGUUGUCUACUGUUUGACAUUUCUGUUUAAGUUAGCGAAGUGGGAAUCUAAUAAAAGUUGUGCAUGGCAGCCAUCUUUCUGGUAACUGCUUUUGUCAGGAAGAGAUAGCACAAAAGAUUCAAAUUGUGUAUCUCUGUGGAGCAAAAGCUCUGGCCGGAAAAAUGGCCAAGCCUAGCCUCUCUGUCAAUCCAGUCAUGCAUAUGGUCCACAUGAAUAAGGAAAUUUAUGUACCAAAUUACUCUGUGGUUAGCUUAGAUCUUUCUCUUCUACUUGGGGUGAACUUUUGCCUAGGGCACAGGUGGUUGCUUAGUGGUCAACUCCAUCCUUUGGUGGAACAUGAGUGGCCUUAGAGGUAACAAAAAAACAGUUGGAGUCGAAUGACCAAAGGUUCAAAGUUCAAGUCAGUGGGGAUAUAAAGAUAAUGUAAGGUAUUGGGAUGAAGGAUUUGAGAAAGAAAAACGAAGAUGGGGAUGAGCAGUCCAUACCAACCUGCAAGGUUAGAAAAGUUUCUUAGAAUUCUGCAUCUCUCUUCAUCAGGUGUCGGCAAUGGCAGACAGAUUUUUGCAGAUUUCUGGACCAUCGCCUUGUCAGAGUGAGUGUCUUGACAUAGAAGGUAUAUAUCAACAAGUUGUGUAUUUGAAGACCAAGAUUUUACCUUUCUAAUAUAGCCUCAGUGUUCCUGUUUUUAUAUAUAAAAACUUCUGUAACUCAAAUUCAUGAAAAAUGCCUGUAAUCUGGUACGUCUGUUUUUCUCUGGAGUUGAUCAAAUCAUACAUUAGUUCAUUUUAACAUACCUAUUUUCAUUUGAUGAGGAAACCAAUGUUAAAUUUUGGAAUUUGAAGACUAAGGCACAGUAUGUUUUGAAGUUGCAAUACAUGUAUGCAUAUAUUUUGUUAUUGUUUAAUUCCUUCAAAUAUCUAUCUGGUAGAGAAAUUUAUAGAUGUAUGUUAGUCUGAAAUAUUCCCAUAAAAGUGUGGUCUCCGAUUGUAAUCUUUCCAUGUAGAGAAUCUUUAUUGAAAUAAAUCUGUAUCACUGUUACGCCUUUGGUGACUGUAUUAGAUUAUUUUUGGUUUAAUAAAUAAUAGUAAUAUGUAAAAGACUAA